GGCAGUCCUGGAGCACCAGGGAGCAAGGGUGACCGUGGGGAGCCAGUCGACGUGGGGCUUGGAGGAGUGGGGGAGAAGGGGGAGAAGGGGGACCCUGGGGACCCUGGUGAGGAUGGUGCCAAGGGCGCCCGGGGUGACACUGGCUCCCCUGGCCUGCCUGGAGAGAGGGGUGUGGAGGGCCCCCGUGGCCCCCCUGGUACACGGGGUGACCCUGGGGACCGAGGCCUGCCGGGAGAGAAGGGGGACCGUGGCCCACCAGGGCUGGAUGGCCGCAACGGGCUGGAAGGCAAACCCGGGCCUCCAGGCCCCACUGGGCUGCAGGGGAACCCAGGGAAGCAGGGAGACCCUGGCCGGGAUGGGUUGCCUGGGCUGCGUGGGGAGCAGGGACUGCCUGGCCCUGUGGGCCUCCUGGGACCGCCUGGUGUCCCCGGCAAACCCGGUGACGAUGGCAAACCUGGUCUCAAUGGCAAGAAUGGAGAAGAUGGCACACCAGGAGAGGACGGAAGGAAGGGAGACAAAGGUGACACAGGACCCCCUGGCAGAGAGGGCCACAGCGGUGCCAAGGGCGAGCAGGGGGACAGAGGUUUGCCAGGCCCCCUCGGCCCCCCUGGCCUCCCCGGCGUCCCGGGGCAGGUUGGCCCCCCAGGGCAGGGGGAUCCAGGGGAGCCUGGACUGCGAGGGGAGCAGGGGCGACCUGGCAACCCUGGAGCACGUGGAGACCCUGGGACUGCAGGUUCCUUAGGCUUCCCUGGUGAGCGAGGACCCAAAGGUGACAAGGGAGACUCGGGUGACCCCGGCCCCCAGGGUCCCAUGGGCCGUGCUGUGGGCGAGCGGGGUCUCGAGGGGCCGCCCGGGCAACCGGGGGAGCCUGGCAAGCCGGGCAUCCCUGGGGUGCCGGGCCGGGCUGGGGAGCUGGGGGACGCUGGGCGACCUGGUGAGAAGGCCGACCGGGGUGAGAAGGGUGACAGGGGCGAGCAGGGCAGGGACGGCUUGCCCGGCCCCCAAGGGCCCCCAGGGCCCAAGGUAGACGUGGUGGAGGGCAGCCUGAUGGGCCUCCCGGGCGAGCGUGGCCCCACCGGACCCAAGGGAGCAAAGGGUGAGCCAGGAGCCGAGGGUGAGCGGGGACCCAAAGGAGAUAAGGGUGAGGGUGGCCCGCGGGGCGAGCGAGGGGAGCCGGGCGAGAAGGGCAGGGAUGGCACCCCGGGUCUGCCGGGUGAGAGAGGGCUGGCUGGCUCUGAAGGGAAGCCGGGCUUGCAGGGCUUUAGGGGGCCUCUCGCCCCACCCUGCCAGUACCCUGGGCUGGGGGACACUCCAUGCCCCUACUGGGGAACACCCAUUCCUACGGUGACCUCAUCUCUUCCUCUCUUCAGGGCAGCCAGGGAGAACCGGGACCCCCAGGACCUCCGGGCAGUGCUGGCCCACCAGGGACCCAGGGCCCAGCUGGGACCAAGGUACAGGAUUGGCAUCGACAUUGGCAUCACUCCGUCCGACAUGGCAGAGGAAAGUGGUGCCUUGCCAGAUUUGGGGGGUGAUCCAGGGGAGCCUGGCUCUGGCAUCCGGGGCUUGCCCGGUCCCCAGGGCAAUGUGGGACUGCCCGGCCCCCCAGGACCCUCCGGCCCGGGGGGGGAGAGUGGGAAGCCGGGCGUGCCAGGCAGGGAUGGUGUGCCGGGGAAGGACGGCGAGGCAGGGAUGCCUGGCAAGAUGGCCAUCGCUGGCCCUCCCGGCACCAAAGGCGAGAAGGGUGAGCCUGCGCUGCUGGAGGGCGUGGUGCUGGGACAGCCUGGCUCCACAGGUGACCGAGGUUUGCCUGGCCCCAAGGGUGAGAAGGGAGAGCCAGGAGGAUUUGGGGAGCCAGGGGAUCCUGGAGAAGAUGGAGCCAAGGGGUCCUCUGGAGCCAAAGGGGAGAAGGGUGACAUUGGCUUGCCAGGACCCCCAGGACCCCCAGGCUUAGCAGGCAUUGCUGGGAUGCCAGGACAGCCAGGCCUGAGAGGGGAAAACGGGCAGCCUGGCCCACCGGGUCCCCCAGGAGAGAGGGGUAUACAAGGGGCCUCUGGCCCAAAAGGUGACAAGGGUGAAGACGGGCAUCCAGGGCCAGAAGGCGAUCGCGGGCCGGCGGGCUUGCCUGGGAACCGGGGUGAGCGUGGGGACAAGGGAGAUGCUGGGGCCCCGGGGCUCAAAGGAGACAAGGGUGAUACUGUGGUGCUGGAGGGGCCCACUGGAGCACGGGGCAGCAAGGGGGAGCCGGGAGAACGUGGCCUGAAGGGCACAGAAGGGGACAAGGGGGACAAGGGAGAGCAAGGCAUGCCUGGAGAGAAGGGAGCAAGGGGUGAGCAAGGUGAGAAGGGCUCCAUGGGCUUCCCCGGGGCACGCGGCCCUGGUGGGCAGAAGGGAGAGGUCGGAGCAUCAGGAGAGCCUGGAGAGCCGGGCCAGCCCGGCCGUGACGGGAUGUCUGGAGCUCGGGGAGAGAAAGGAGACAUGGGACCCCUGGGCAUGCGCGGCCCCAAGGGUGACCGGGGCAUGAAAGGCGCCUGUGGCCUUGAUGGGGACAAGGGCGAGAAGGGAGAGCCGGGGAUCCCGGGGCGCUCGGGGCUGCCAGGGAGGAAGGGCGAGCCGGGAGAGCUGGGUCUAUCGGGACCACCGGGCAUCCCUGGGAAGGAGGGGCUCAUGGGACCCAAGGGUGACCGGGGAUUUGACGGGCAGCAGGGAGCCAAAGGAGACCAAGGGGAGAAAGGAGACCGGGGUGCCCCGGGCAUUAUCGGUGGUCCUGGUCCCCGGGGUAGCGAUGGUGCUCCUGGCCCCCCCGGGCCCCCAGGGAGUGUUGGCCCACGAGGUCCUGAGGGCAUGCAGGGCCAGAAGGGAGAGAGAGGCCCCCCUGGACAGUCGGUGCCGGGGGCCCGUGGCGUGCCCGGCAUCCCUGGCGAGAGAGGAGAGCAGGAGGAUGAGAUCCGCGCCUUCGUCAGGCAGGAGAUGAGCCAGCACUGUGCCUGCAGUGGCCACUUCCCACGGCGCCUGGAUUCACGGCAGGACAGGCAGGUCAUACUCAACACAGACGACCUUGAGUAUGACAGCAUGUACGGGGAGGAGGAGGAGGACUACGAUGAGGUCCCAGAGAUGGACAGCUCGGAGCAGCCUAUGAUGAGUGCCAAGCUCUGCCGCCUGCCGCUGGAUGAGGGGGACUGCCAGCGCUACACGCUGCGGUGGUACUACAACCAAAGAGUCGCCGAGUGCCGACCCUUCGUCUACAGCGGCUGCCAGGGCAACCUCAACCGCUUCGACAGCAAGGAGGAGUGUGAGCUGCACUGCGGGCAGCGCCCAGGGGCAGACACCCCCGGCGUUGCGGAUGGCAAGGUGGGAGGGCAGCCGGAGGCGUAG